UUUUGAUUUGCCAACAACUUGUAUUUGCUGGCGUUUAUGUAUCUUUGAACCUGUCUCUUGCUUGACUUGAAGAUCCGCAACCAGGUAGUUCAUGGUUAAUUCACGUCUCUCUCAUCGUGUGCUAAAAAGGAGGCUACGCUACGUGUUGCUGAAGCACAAGUGUAACGGGAUUAAUUCAUGUGUCAAACUCUGACUGAAUUCCAAAUUCAGGCAAAUCAGUAGUACAGAAACUGAUUUUGUGUAAGAAAAUUAACUGCUCUUCAAUUAUUGCUAAUUUUGAAUGGAGACUGUUGUGUUGUUGUAUUGUUAAAACAUCAUCGGUUUAUUCGGCUAUUAGUUGAGCAAGUUUUAUUAAUAGCUUACUCAUAUUUGAGGGCUGAGAAAAAGUAAAUUGAAUUCUGUUCUUCUACGAUUGGAAGAUUGCAUAGCAUCUUUGAAUCCCAAAUUUUGCAUUCUGGGAACAAUUACAAAAAUCAAGUAAAAUGGCUGGACAAAAGUUUCAGUACGAUGAAAGUGGCAGCACUUUUAUGUACUUUGUUCUGGCAUUCCUUGGCUUAAUCAUGUUCCCAAGCACAUACUAUUUUUGGCCAAAUACGGACAAUGAAAAAAAGAAAUCUGUCGUUCUUUGCAAUUGUGAGCCAUGUUUAAUGAAGGAAGCGGUUCUGAAAAGGACAGAACCAAGCAAGAAAAUGAAAAAAAUAGCCAUCAGAUUUGCACUAAUGUUUGGAUGGAUUCUGUUUGCCUUCGUUGCAUAUAAAAUCACACAGGCAGAUUACGAAUAUUCCAAUUUUGAUCCUUACGAAAUUCUUGGAAUUGAACCGGGUUCAAAUGACCGAGAUAUAAAGAAGGCUUAUCGUAAAUUGUCAUUGAUUUAUCAUCCUGAUAAAGAAACUGGGGAUGAGAAACUGUUUAUGAAGUUAACCAAAGCUUACAACGCUUUAACUGAUGAGGAAGCGAGAAAAAAUUGGGAAAGGUAUGGAAAUCCGGAUGGUCCAGGAGCAAUGAGUUUUGGAAUCGCUCUACCGUCUUGGAUUGUCGAUAAAGAAAAUUCAGUGUGGGUUUUGGGUCUUUACGCUUUGGUAUUUAUGGUGGCUUUACCGACGUCUGUUGGUAUGUGGUGGUACAGAUCAAUUCAGUACUCAAGUGACAAGGUUUUACUUAGCACCACACAAUUAUAUUACUACUUCUUCCACAAAUCCCCCCAAAUGCAACUCAAGAGGGCUUUAAUGGUGUUGGCUGCGUCUCUGGAGUUUGAAAGAAGUCACAACAAAGAAGUACAGGAGAGGCAAAGCGACAAUGUUGAAAUUCCUCAGUUAAUCAAACAACUCCCACACCUCAAUGAGAAAAAUAAGGAACGGCCACUUUGCUUUUACUAUUCUAUAAAGGCCAGGGCUUUACUUCAUGCGCAUCUUUCCAGAAUUGCCUUGAACCCAAAUACAAUUGAGCUGGACAGGCAGUUAGUGGUGAAGAAAUCUCCUUACCUCAUUCAAGAAAUGGUCACAUGUGUCUCCCAACUUAUCAUGUUGGCUCAUGCUGGAAGAAUUGGAAAACUACCAACAUUGGAUACAAUUGAGUCGGUUAUGAAAAUGAGUCCCAUGAUUGUUCAAGCUCUCUGGGAAAUUCGUAGUCCAAUGAUGCAGCUACCUCACAUUACUGAAGACAUGCAAAAGUAUUUCAUGUCCAAGAAGCGUCAAAUCUCUUCAAUUCAACAGUUUUGUGAAAUGAAAGAUGAAGAUAGAAAAUUGAUUCUGAAAAGUUUGACGGCCGACCAAUAUGCAGAUGUCAUGAAAGUUUGUUCUACAAUGCCAUUGAUUGAUUUCAAAGUUCACGUUGAAGUGCUGGAUGACGAGGAAUCAAACGUCGUGACUGCUGGUGCGAUUGUUACAGUGAAUGUCACAUUGACUCGAAAUAGUAUGGGCAGUCUAAUUAAAGGGGACACAAACGCUUUAAAAACAUCGGCAAAUGUUAGUACAAUCGAACACGACGAAGAAGAUGACAAAGAAAAUCAGGAAGCAGUUGGAACAGAAGAGCAUCCCAGUCAGCCUAAAAAACCUGUCUGGCAAAAGAAAAAAAGUAAUAAGAAAUCUGGAGGCAAUAAAAAACCGCAGGCAAAUCAAAAGAAGCCUGCAGCAGUUCUCAAGCGAAAUGCCAGUAAGCCUGUUACAGAGACGGAAACGGAAGAUCCAGAAAAAGUUGUUGAGAGAACGAAAGAACUGAAAGAAUUACCUGACGUCGAUGAAAGUGACGAUGAAGCGGGUACAGAUGGUUCCGGUAGUGAUAGUGAAGAUAGUAGCGAUACUCAUGAUAAGGAUAAGUUAGCCAGCGCCAACGAAGAUGAUGAUGACGAGUGGGAGAAAUGUCAAUCCAAAUUAGCUAAAAAUAAAGAACGUGCUUUAGAAGGAAAGAGUAAAGUAUCACACCCUGUGCAUUGUCCUUACUUUUCCGACGUCAAACAAGAAUAUUAUUGGACAUAUGUUUGUGACAGAAAGAAUAAGCAGCUUAUUACUGCACCAUAUUUUUGUACUGAUCUGGUGGAUACGCAAGAAUGCCAAUUGCAGUUUACGGCGCCCAAAAGACCCGGAUUUUACAAGUUCACAGUGUGCUUACGGUCAGAUUCUUAUUUAGGAUUUGACCAAAUGCGAGAAAUCAAGCUCGACGUCCAGGAGGCUAAGAAGAUUGAAGAGCAUCCACAGUGGGAUAUUUCUGAUGAAGAAGAGGAAAAAGAAGUCGACUCUAAUGAAUCUGAUGAAUAUGCAACUGAAAGUGAUGUUGAUGAUGAGGACCAGGAUGAUGAUUAACCCUUUACGCUCAUUCACGAAAUAGGCACUAUAUAUACAUAUAUAUUCCAAGAUAUUAGAUAUUUUUAAGUACUGAUCUAUCUUGUACAAAUAUCGGCAACCCUUAUAGUUUAUGAAUUGAGGACAUUGUAUUUAACAACGCAAUAGUUUCAAAGUUGAUAAACUAUAAGGUGUUUAUCAAUACAUAAAUAUCAACAAAUGUUGUCAACACUGCUCCUGCUAUGCCUAAAUAUAUUUACGACCAAUUGUGAUCUAUCGAUUACUAAUUCCCAAGUUUAUAUUUAUUCAAGACGGUUUUAGUAACAACCUGUCUUUCUGCUAGGAGGAGAUCAGUUUAGAUAAUGUAUAAUUAAUUAGUAAAAGUCUCAGAUAUAUUUGCUUUAUUAUUAUUACAAGCUGUGUAUUGUUAGCUAUUAUAACAUACAUUGUUUCAUUCAUUUUAAAUUAUAGAUAAUUAUAUUGUUCUAUAUUAUGUCCAAUUCCGGGAUAUAUGUACGUGUCCUUUUCACCAUAAACAGCCAGUAGUGAAAAUCUGAAAAAUGAUGUGCUAAUUGAAUUAUUUUGGUGAGUAAUUAAAUGGAAAUGAAGCUUCUUAAAAUUGA